GGCCUUUUGUCGUUGGUGGCACAAUUCCGUCGGCGCACGUCCAGCGGAGUACCGGGACAGGGCUGGGAAGGAAACCCACUGGCAAGGGGGCAAGGGUUGGCUGCAAGGGGUGAUUGAGGGUGCCCCUGUCGUCCAUGUUCUAGGUAGGCUUGGGGUUCGAAUGGCAAUAACUUGUGAGAUGCGACAAGUCAACAAAGGUGGCACACAAUUGAACAAAUUGAUCGCCGUCCAAAGUCGCUCGGCGCCAGGUAUGCAUGUCCUCAGGCACGGGACGCGGCCAGAGGUGGCGGCAGUCAAGUGGUGGUGUCUGCCCAAUAACAACAGCCGCGUUUCAUUGGACAAUGGCCCGACUGUACAUGUCAUGGUGCGUCAAACCGGUUGGCACUAGCUACAGUACGGCGCACACGAGCGCUUGGUGCCGCGACGGCGCGACGGGCUAGGACUGAGUGUCGUGCUUUGGCUGUGCUGGUGCGUGCCGGUGGUGGCUUAGCGGGAGAGAAUCAGACACGGCCGUGGAGGGCGCGCAGGAAUUCCAAUGUCUUGACCGCGUCUGGCGCUGUGCGCUUCUGGAGUUCCCCUAGAAUCGAGUAGCCACUUUGUGCCGACUCCCACAAGCCGGGACGAGUGAUAACACAUCAUACUCCUCUUUUUUUUGGGCGGGACACCACAUCAAAGAAGAAAUGCCGUCUCCCCGCACACUCCUCGGCCCGCUGACGACGGCGUGGACGCCGCCGUCCAUCUGCACCAUGGCCAUGGCCGGCUGCGGCACCUGCACGACGCUGUGGCAGGGCCAGUCGUGCAACCCGGAGCGGCGCGCCCACGACUGGACCGACUGCUGGCCGCCCCGGUCCGCCGGCGUGCCCGACCCGGGCGUCAUGAUGGGCUGGGGCCUCUACUCGCCCGCUUACGAGUGCCCGGCCGGAUACUCCACUGCCGCCCUGGCCACGUCCGGCGCCGCGUCCGGGUGGAGCGUCGGCUACUCCAUGGCCGGGGGCGAGACCGCCGUCGCGUGCUGUCCCAGCGGAUACUCCAUCAGCUCCGUCGUCGCCUCGGGCACAACAGGCCAGACCUGCGUCGCCGUCGUGACGAGCACCACCUCGCUCUCGACCGUGCAGUGCAUCUCGGGCUCCUUUGCAAACUUCAAUUUGAUCACCUUGCCCAACACCGACAGCCCCGGCACCUACACCGUUUUCGCGCCCCUCUUCCAGCUCAACCACCGCGCCCAGGACCUGUCCGCCACGACAGCAACAACGACAUCAAGCACCCCGUCCACCGCCCCCGGCGGCUCUGCCCCGGGCCCGCCCUCCCAGCCCGGCGAGACCUCACAGCCGCCGAGCGGCGGUGCCGGUGCCGAAAACGACGGCGGCGGCGGCGGCGGCGGCGGCGGCCUGACGCUUGGCACAAAG